GGUGCUCCGCCACAAUAUUAUUUUCACUUGUCAAUUACAAUUUGCCUAAAUUAUUUGAUCAGUUGACUAUGGUUGACUACUACGUGCGUACGCACACAGAUCCUAUAUCUAACCUAGCACUCUAUCGGCGUCGCCAAUUUUUACCACGAGACGCUUCCCGCUGGAUUGUUUAUCUGCACGUGCACGCUAAGUACAUGCUUAAACAUUAAUCUUUCCGAAUAUUAUUUAUCGCACAGUUGACUCGGGCGUGGUACUAUCAACCAAUUAUAACCAAGACGAUAGGAACUAUACUGUGUAGCUAAGAUUUCACGUAAAUUGGAGUCUACGUGGAAGAGUGUAAUUCAAGUGGAUUAAACUUGGGAAUCUUUGUCUGGUGUAACGUUGAAAUACAAGAAUUCGAAAGGGAUCGUAAGGCACGGAAGUUUUGGCCAUUUUUCGACUUCUCGUGAAUAACUUUGAAUCCAAGUGAGAGCGCGGAAGUGUGGAAUUGUAAAAAAAAGUGUGAACAAAUCGAAAAAAUAAAAACUUUGCCUUUAAAACUAUAGUGGACAUGAUAAAGAAUCGUAAUUACCACAGACAAUUAAUCCACGAGAUAUAAUUAAUUUGAUAAACAAUUAAUGAAGUAAUCGAGAGAUUAAGGACGUUUUUUGUUUUGAAAGUGUUUCGUACCAGACAUGGCGCCAGAUACUAGGCAAGAGAAUCAGCCGAUCCUGAGCUACGUGUCAUCCCCGACGAAAAUAAAGACAGCGAAAGCCAAGGAUGCUGCCGAGAUAAACAAGAACAACAACAACAACAAUUACGAAACAAAGACCGUAUUGAGACAAUAUUUCUCGAAUAGUAACGGAGUGUUGGCCCAG